AUGGCUACGGCGGCCGCUCCGCAACCCAUGAAGCCGUCUGUUGGUACUGGUUGGCCUAGAAGGAAUUCUUCACAAAAUGCAACGUUUGAAUCUAAAGGUUUUGGUCCAGAAACAUUGACGCUUAUUCGUACUGUAAACUUGUAUCCUUUAACAAACUACACAUUUGGUUCUAAGGAACCACUUUUCGAAAAAGAUCCAUCGGUACCAGCUAGAUUCCAAAGAAUGAGAGAUGAAUUUGAAAAAAUCGGUAUGAGAAGAAGUGUGGAAGGUGUUUUAUUAGUUCACGAGCAUGGCUUGCCUCAUGUAUUGCUUUUACAGUUAGGGACCACUUUUUUUAAAUUGCCAGGAGGUGAAUUAAGGCCUGGUGAAGAUGAAGUUGAGGGACUAAGACGAUUAUUAACAGAGACAUUAGGCCGUCAGGAUGGAGUGAAGCAGGAGUGGGUUAUUGAAGACACGAUCGGAAAUUGGUGGAGACCAAAUUUUGAACCUCCGCAGUACCCGUACAUUCCUCCGCACGUGACAAAGCCGAAGGAACACAAAAGGUUAUUCCUCGUCCAGCUCGCUGAAAAGGCAUUGUUUGCGGUACCUAAAAACUACAAGCUAGUCGCAGCUCCUCUCUUUGAACUCUACGACAACGCUCACGGGUACGGACCGAUAAUAUCGUCUCUACCUCAAACCCUGUGCAGGUUUAAUUUCAACUACAUGUGA